AUGGUACUGGAAGAAGCGAAGUUUCGCUUCUCCCUACUUGAGGCCCUUGGAGUCUUGCUGACCUGCCUUGAGCUCCAAGCUCGGCCUGUGGACGACAUUCCAACCUGGCUGCAAUUUGGCCAUUUUGCGUGUUGGGCAGCAUCACCCUUCGGUUAUGAAGGUUGCUGUGGCUGGGAAUUUGGGCCGGGAGGCAAUCCUGAAUGUUGGGUUGCGUAUCCACUGAAUUAUGAAAACUGCUGUUUGGAGCGUUGGCGGCUCUGUGACAUAUCUACCAUGAUGGAGCUGCAUGAAGACAGGGUGGACGUUUUCUCUACUUUCGCUGGGCUCUUUUUCACUGCUUGUGGGAAAGCGCAGGCCUACCUGAAUGCAGUUCGAGGCGCUACUGAGCAAUUGGUGUGGCAGGGUCCAGAAGAUGCAGAUGUCGAAAAAAUCAGGGCUCUGGCCAUGGAUUUGGUGCAAGGCCUCCCAGUUCACAGCAUGGAGCGUGUGGCUGUGCCUUCUAGCAACCAGUCUGUUUGGAAGGGUGCCCGUAAUUUCUUGAUUCUAUUGGAGGAAUGGGCUCCUGCCGAACUUGCUGACGUGCUGGAGAUGCUGUCCAGACAACCCUCAUCUUCGGCUUUGAACACAGUCCUGUCAGACCUUCUGGAAGAUACAUUUGAGCGGGUCGCACAAUUUCGAGACGCUCUUCUCAAUGCCCUAUAUGCUGAUGAACUUCAAGUUUUCUUUGAGGGCUGCGGAGAUGUUUGCGAUACAAAAGCUUCUUUGAGCGGCAGAAACAUGAAGCAUGUUGACUGCGACGUUAUGCUUGCGAGUGCUGCACUUCAGACUCACUCGGUCCCACGCGCCCCGCCUCCUAGCAUUCCGCCAAUCCUGCGGCAGCACUUCACGAUGAAUGACCAAGUACCCGUCCUGUCACACUCAGCCAUUCGACAGGCUCUGGGCUUCUCCGGUGGCCAACUGCCUCAGAAACAGCAUGCAGAGCCUGAAUGGCUUUGGAAUGCUGAGGCGAUCGCGACGUUAAUUGAACGAGCCAAGAACUCGACACUUUCUCCUGGACCAACAUCUCUUGAGCGAGUGAAUGCCCUUGCUGAAGUCCUGGGCAGCUUGCCGAGCUCUGUAGAGGGCCAAAGCUGGGCGGUGUGGGGUGAUUGCAAGCACUUCGAAUGGUGGAGCCCUUGGAUGGAGGCACUUCUGUUGUCGUUUGGUGCCAAGACCGUGGCAUCCAUAGUGCCAAGCCCGGACAGAUAUCGGGCUCCAUCUCUGCACGAAGGGCUCAGACCAAUCUCAGUGCAACAAGCUUCAAGGGAUGCUCCCUUCGAUGGCUUCGUGCUCCUGGGGCUGGCAACCAUUGGCACAGGCCGCCACGGAGACCGUUUGAAUCCCUUUGCAGACCUCCAGCAGGCAGCAGCAGCUUGGUGCAUGCUCCGCCCUGGCGGACUUGUGCUGGCGCCGCCCAUGGCUGAGUUCGACCUUCUUCGCUGGCCGGCAGGUCGUGCUCAUGGCCCACUCCGCUGGCCACACCUUACUGCAAACUUUCAGCUGCUUUACAUGAACUCCGUCAUUGCGGUGCUAAGCAAGCCGUUCGGACCUGAAGACGCCACGCCCACAAGCAGGAGGAGCUUCCUGAUGUAUGCGCUGGUGCGAUCCAGACUGACAGAAGAUGGACUCCUAGUUUCAGAUGUGGAGGAAAGGACAUCCUUCAUUGGCAUGGGUGCCGGCAUCGGUGCCGCAGCAGGCGGUAUGGGUGCCUUCAUGUUGUGCGCGUCUAAAUGUCCAGGUGGCAUUGGAGGCUCUUUGGGCGGUAUGCUGGGCGCCAUGAACCCCAUGAACUUGAUGCCCUUUGGCUCUGAGAAGGAGGAGAAGGAUGCCGAUGACCAAAAGGAUCCUGAGGUUAAGAUGCAGAAGCAGCUGAGCUACAUCGAGAAGGAGAUCUGUAACAUGAAUUGCAAAAUGGCUGGUUUGAUGGGCGCUGCUGCUGGUGGGGCUGCUGGCCAUGUCGUCGAGAAGAAGCUGAAAGAGAAGUCAGAGGCAGAAGCUGCUGCAGACCAAGCAGAAGCAGCACCACCUCCUCCACCACCAGCUCCCGCAAAGGGAGGUGGAAAAGGAUAUGGUGGAGGAGGCUACGGCUAUCCCCCGCCGCCACCUCCAGGCUACUACCGACACCCACCUCCUCCAUACCGCCGCCCUCCUCCGUAUUACCACG